AUGGCAGACCAUCUUGUUGACCCAGACGUCCCUAGUGUAUCUCGCAGACUCAAGCUACUUCGAAUAGGAAACACUGUUUCCUUUUUAUUUUUUUUCGGGGCUAUUGUUGCAGGAAGCCUAGUUCACCCAAGCGUGACAGUGUCUUACUUCACACCACAUCAUCUUUUUGUUGAAAUAUUUUGGGCUAUUUUAUUUUUACUGCAACUUGUGUUUGUUUUUUAUGCACAGUAUAAUAACUUGCAUGUAGUGCAGAAAUUAGUUUCUCAUGUAGUCACUUUUAUUCAUACGCCCUUCUCAAUGUAUGCUGCAUUCACGUUACUGGAUGCCUUGCAUGGUGGAUUUGUUGCAUUCACCGAUACCGAUAAAGUGUAUCAAAUUCUGGCGUGUGUUGCAGUUUGGGCACUGGCUAUUAUUGGGAUUGGGUGGACUACUGUCGGAUGGUGGAGUGAAGGUAGAAGAGAUGGUGUCUUUGGGACUACUAUUGCGUGCCUUGCAGUUCAACAACGUGAUGUUCUAUUUCUUUCGAUUCAAGCCAUCGUAUUGGCUAUUGUACAGCUAUUGACAAUAAUAUUCGUCUGGCUCCGAUUCGGAGGUGCGUACAGCUCAAAAUCAACAUCUGAACAACAACCAUUAUUACAAGAGUGA